UAAUAUUAAGUCGAUCCCUUUUUUAUGCAACACAACUGAAGAAUUUUUAAAUUGCCUUGAUAAAGCAACGACAAAUUCAGAAAAAGAGUAUCCUUAAAUAAGCUGUCCUCUAAAAAAUAUAAUAUAAGGUGACAUAUCCAAGCAUUUCCAGCCGAUAACUUGAUGAGUUGAGAGGGAACUUUUUUUGGAGUACAGUAUGUUUAUUUUAUGCUUUAUUUCAAGGUGACAUAGAUUUGACAAGAGCUUUGUUUCGUUUGAUACAGGCCGUCAUUGUUACCACAACAGUGAACAUAUUGCGACAACUCACUUUCGAACCACUUGGUCAGGGAGAAAAUGCUAAACAUGAACAGCGAAAGUGUCUUCAAGCCAUCGAUGACAUCAAUAUCGCACCGUCCACCAAGAUCUUCCUGCAAACCCAAAGACGAUUCUGGGAGGACGCAGAUUACAAUAUCCAAGGUGGCUUUUCCAAGACCAACCUCCCUAUCGGCCAAAUACAUUACGUCAAGCCGGACCCAGAAUAUGUCGAGUGCACGAAUCAAGGAAUAAUUAUGGUUUACGUUUGGAACAAUGAUGCACUGAUUUUUGGUUCCAUGAGGCCUGAUCAAGUCAAACAGGAGGCAAUUGAACAAAUAGCAGAAGUCCACCCAGAAAUCAUGCAGAAAAAUAUGGUUGAAAAGUCUAUCGUCCAUGCUUGGUACAACCAGCCCUCCUACCAAGGUGCCUUUGGCUUUAUGAAGACCAGUCAGUUUAACAAUAUCAGGUAUGAAUCAGAGGAGAAUUGUAAUUCCUAAUGCUUGUGAGAUGAAAUGAUGGGAUGAAUCUAACUAUCAUUUCAUUAACUAUAGUUUCAUUGUUAUAGUUAUGAAUGUAGGUCAAACAUAUAUAGUGGUUUGGACACUAAUUAAUAAAUGAUACUGGCUGCAGUAGCCUACGGGUUUGGCGAGCAAAUAAUGAAAGUUUGUUAUAGAGUCUUUCUUUGUUUAGACAAUAGUACUUUCGGGUAGGCUUAACAUACACAUUUUAUAUCUAUAAUUUUCAGGUCUAGUGCGUUGAGUAUCGUCCAUUAACAAUAAUUUGGACUUCUAAAAAAUAUCAUUUUUAUACCAGAGACAACAAUAGACAACUUAUUGAUCGAGUUUGUGCGAUUAGAGAGACAAUAUUCGCGCUAAAUAAUAUAUUAUACAUGUAUAAUUUAUUCAUCUAUAUUUAUUUUUAUUUUUUGCUAAUUUAGAACUUUGUGGGAACCCAUGGGUAACGUACAUUUCGCCGGAGAAACUUUAUCAUUUGCCGCUGGUUGGAUUCAAGGAGCCUUGGAGAGUGGCGUCAAAGCCGCAUAUCAAGUUUAUGCCCGUAGCAAGAAGAGAACAACCGGAAAAAGGAAAUAAUUGACAUACAAGAUAUGAGAUACAUUAUAGUCGAUACAGUGUGGUAGUAAAGACAAGGAGACCUCAUAUAUAAAUAUCGAGUGAGGCCUCUUUAUGCAGAUUUAGAAUGUUCUAUUUUUUUAAGGUAAUCAUUACAAAUGCAGCAUAUCAUUUAGCUUAAUAAGAAUUGUAUCAUGUUUUUCUUUAAUAAGGAAAGACUGGGUGAGUCUCGUAUACAAGAGGGUAGAGAAUUUCAAAUCUUAGGGCCUUGGUAAACUAUUGUGCAGGGUUUGUAGGUUUGCUGAAUAAUUAGGCCAAACACAGUCACACUAGGCCUUUGUUUUCUUUGUCUUGGCCUUUUGUUUUCUUAAUUGUUUUCCAAACGGCACUGAUGACGAUUUGGCCUAAUUAUUCAUCUAAGUUACCAACCCUAGACUAUUAUUAAUUGUUUUAGAUUAGUGGGACAAGAAUGGGAACGAUAGUUAUUUGGUGAUCUAGUCUUAUAAUUGUGUACUUGGUUGUGUCUACUUUGAUGGACUUCAAAUUUUGACAGUCCUGGAAUCCAAAAACUAAAUGAGUACUUUUUGCACGAUUAAGUAACUUUUAGAAUUUGCACUAAACUUUGUACUUUGAU